AUGUCGUCAUUCCUCAACUCCCUCCGCCCUGGCCUGCGCAUGGCCCAGAGGGCCACCCAGACCGCCCGUGCCUUCAGCUCCUCGCCCGCCAACGCCUUUGCUCGUCUCACCGUCACCGGCCGUCUCGCCGCCGAGCCCGAGCUGCAGGCUACUGCCUCCGGCAAGGAAGUCGUCAAGUACGUUGUUGGCACUUCCCACGGUCGUCGGGAGGACCGGUCCACCAGCUGGUUCCGCGUCACUAGCUUUGUUCCCGAGGGUUCCCAGCGGGACUUUAUCCUGUCUUUGACUAAGGGAACACUCGUUCUCGUUGAGGGUGACGCCAGCCUCCGCAACUGGGAAGACAGCGAAGGCAAGAGCCGUACCACCUUGAACUUCGUGCAGCGUAAUCUUGAGGUCCUUAAGCGCCAGCAAAACGAAGAGGAAUCUCAGCAGUAG